CCGCCGCGCCAGUGCAGGCAUCUUUGGUGUUGAUGGAUCACGACGUUCAAAUAGGAAGGGAAAAACAAAAAAUCCCCACCCAACCCCCUUGCAGCGAUGCUCGCCGGCGCCGGCUAUGGCAUCCUCGCCGUUGUCCUUGUCCUCAUGCUUCCUCAGGUUACCUGCUUCUCCAACCAAACCGUGUGCGACAACGGCAGCGAAGUCGCCCCCUACGCGGCCAACGGCACCUUCCGGAGGAACCUGGGCCUUCUCGCCGCGUCGCUCCCCGGCAGCACCUCCGCCGCGCCGGCGGGCUUCGCGAACGCCACCGAGGGCGCGUCGCCCGACCAGGUCUACGCGACGGCGCUGUGCCGAGGCGACCUCAACGCCUCCUCCUGCCGCGCUUGCGUGGCCGCGGCGUUCGCUGACGCGGUGCAAGGCUGCCCCGGCAACCGGGGCGUCGCCGUGUACGAGGACGCCUGCAGCCUCCGCUUCUCCGGCCAGCGGUUCACCGAUUUCCUCAGGGAAGACCAGUGGAAGGUCUCGGAAAUCCUUUGGGAGCCUGAGCAGGAUACAGCGACCGUGGAGGUCCCAGCUGAGUGGUUCAGCGCCGCCGUCACGAAGAUCCUCGCCGCCGUGAUCGACCGCGCGGCGGCGGGCAACUCGACGGCCACCAAGAAGUACUUCGCCACGGGCGAAGAGGACUUCGACCCGAGGAUCUACGGGCUGGCGCAGUGCUCGCCGAUGACGACGCCGCCGCAGUGCCGGGGCUGCCUUGGCUUGCUCCUCGGGAUCGUGGCAGCGCAGUACUUGGGCGCGCGGCCGCAGUGGGUCAGAGUUGUCUCGGACUGGUGCAGCCUGAUGUACAGCGCGCGGCCAUUCUACGAGGGCCGGGCGAUGCUCCAGGUCUUAGCGCCACCAGCAUCUGCCGCUCCAAAGGCUGGAGCAGGGAAGAAAAGAAGUGAGCCAGGAAUCCUCGCAGGCGUCGCAUGUAGUGUUGUUGUAGUACUGAUCCUAUCAGUUUUCGUGUUCGUUCGGCGCAGGAGAAGGGCUAAUAAGCCAGCCGAGAAGGACCACCUAUCAAAGAAAAUAACGAGGGCACAAUGCAUGAUUUUCGAUUUGCCUGCACUGCAAGAGGCAACUGAAAACUUCUCAGAGAACAACAAACUCGGAGAAGGUGGUUUUGGUACUGUAUACAGGGGAAUACUCUCAGAUGGGCAAGAAAUUGCAGUGAAGAAACUUCUGGGAAGAACUGGGCAUGGAUUGCAUCAGCUACACAAUGAAGUCAGGGUACUGGCAGAGCUUCAACACAAGAACCUUGUUAGGUUACAGGGGUUCUGCUCGCAUCCGGAAGAGACACUUCUUGUUUGUGAAUAUAUUAAGAACGGGAGCCUGGACAACUUCCUAUUCGAUGACAGUAGGGAAAUUUCUCUAAAUUGGGAGCAAAGGUACAACAUCAUUCUUGGAAUUGCCAAGGGUAUACUGUAUCUUCAUGAGGACUCCAAAAUGAGGAUCAUCCACCGUGACCUGAAAGCAAAUAAUAUUCUACUUGAUGAAGACAUGGAUCCAAAAAUUGCAGACUUUGGAUUGGCAAGGCUGCUAGGAGAAGAUCAUUCACAAACUAAGACAACUAAAGUUGUCGGAACAUUCGGUUAUAUGGCACCCGAGUACGUAAUAGAUGGAAGUGUGUCAACUAAGAUCGAUAUUUUCAGCUUUGGUGUGUUGGUCCUCGAAAUUGUGACUAGGAGAAAUAACAGCAGUUCUGAAGAUCACGACGCGGUGAAUCUCCUUAGCGAUGUUUGGAAUUGUUGGACAAAAGGGACAGUUUCACAAAUGGUGGACCAACACCAAUCCCUCGAUGGAUACUUUCUUCGACAAGCACUACGAUGCAUUCACAUCGGCUUGCUCUGCGUCCAGCCGGACCCUGACGACAGGCCUCGCAUAUCAUCCGUAGUUUUCAUGUUAACCAGGGGAAACAUGGAGCUUCCGCCACCGGCACAACCUGCAUUCUACUUUGGAAGAGAAUCUAACUUACCUUCUCCAUCGUGUGGGCAACGCAGCUAUGCUUAUGGUCGACCUAAUAUAGGGGGCAUUUCUGUAAAUGAGGUUACACUUACUGAGCCGUAUCCUAGAUAACCGUGGGGGUAUUGGAACAUUUCAAAUGCAGGAGAAUCCAAUUGUCAAUUUCCUCCGGCGCCACCAGACUAGAUGGAAAACGCUGUCGUUACGAAUCAUGCAAUUCGUUCAAUGCAUUUUGUUUUACCACA